AUGAAAUCCUCCAGCUCAACUGAAGUUGCAGAGGAGCAAAUCUAUGACAGAAUAAGCGAGUUGAUAGCUUUUGAUGAGACGAAAGCAGGUGUUAAGGGACUGGUUGAUGCUGGAAUCACCAAGGUUCCUCGGAUUUUCUUUUCCCCAGUGGAUGGAUUCGACAAGGUUUCUGAUUCCGGAAAGUUUGAAUUCUGUAUUCCUGUUAUAGAUCUUGAUGGUGUUGAAAAAGAUCCUGUUUCCCGUAAACAUGUAAUGGACAAAGUCCGGGAUGCAUCAGAGACAUGGGGUUUCUUCCAGCCAGAGUCUGGCAUUGUUCGGGGCACUGCUGUUUUUCAUUGGCAUGAAGAACUCAAUGCCAAGGAGAUCACCAAAGAAGAAGGCCCCUAA